CGCUCUACCACUGAGCUAAAUCCCCAACCCCCGAGGCUUGAAGUUCUUAUCAUACAGAUCUUUCACUUGCUUGGUUAAAGUCACACCAAGGUAUUUUAUAUUAUUUGGGACUAUUAUGAAGGGUGUUGUUUCCCUAAUUUCUUUCUCGGCUUGUUUCUCUUUUGAGUAGAGGAAGGCUACUGAUUUAUUUGAGUUAAUUUUAUACCCAGCCACUUUGCUGAAGGUGUUUAUCAGGUUUAGUGGUUCUCUGGUGGAACUUUUGGGAUCCCUUAAAUAUGCUAUCAUAUCAUCUGCAAAUAGUGAUAUUUUGACUUCUUCUUUUCCAAUCUGUAUCCCUUUGAUCUCCUUUUGUUGUCUCAUUGCUCUGGCUAGAACUUCAAGAACUAUAUUGAAUAAGUAGGGAGAGAGUGGGUAGCCUUGUCUAGUCCCUGAUUUUAGUGGGAUUGCUUCAAGUUUCUCUCCAUUUAGUUUAAUGUUAGCUACUGGUUUGAUAUAUAUGGCUUUUACUAUAUUUAGGUAUGGGCCUUGAAUUCCUAUUCUUUCCAGGACUUUUAUCAUGAAGGGGUGUUGAAUUUUGUCAAACGCUUUCUCAGCAUCUAAUGAAAUGAUCAUGUGGUUUUUAUCUUUCAGUUUGUUUAUAUAAUGGAGUACAUUGAUGGUUUUCCGUAUAUUAAACCAUCUCUGCAUGCCUGGGAUGAAGCCUACUUGAUCAUGGUGGAUGAUUGUUUUUUUUUUCUUUAAAGAUUUACUUAUUUUAUGUAUAUAACCGUACUGUCCUUGACACACCAGAAGAGAACAUCAGAUCCCAUUACAGAUGGUUGUGAGCCACCAUGUGGUUGCUGGGAAUUGAACUCAGGACCUCUGGAAGAGCAGUCAGUGCUCUUAACCACUGAGCCAUCUCUCCAGCCCUGGAUGAUUGUUUUGAUGUACUCUUGGAUUCAGUUUGCCAGAAUUUUAUUGAGUAUUUUUGUGUCGAUGUUCAUAAGGGAAAUUGGUCUGAAGUUCUCUUUCUUUGUUGGGUCUUUGUGUGGUUUAGGUAUAAGAGUAAUUGUGGCUUCAUAGAAGGAAUGCGGUAGUGAUCCAUCUGUUUCAAUUUUGUGGAAUAGUUUGGAUAGUAUUGGUAUGAGGUCUUCUAUGAAGGUCUGAUAGAAUUCUGCACUGAACCUAUCCGGACAUGGGCUCCUUUUAGUUGGGAGACCUUUAAUGACUGCUUCUAUUUCUUUAGGAGUUAUGGGGUUGUUUAAAUGGUGUAUCUGUUCCUGAUUUAACUUUGGUACCUGGUAUCUGUCUAGGAAAUUGUCCAUUUCCUGCAGAUUUUCAAGUUUUGUUGAAUAUAAGCUUUUGUAGUAGGAUCUGAUGAUUUUUUUAAUUUCCUCUGAUUCUGUAGUUAUGUCUCCCUUUUCAUUUCUGAUUUUGUUAAUUUGUACACACUCUCUGUGUCCUCUCGUUAGUCUGGCUAAGGGUUUAUCCAUCUUGUUGAUUUUCUCAAAGAACCAACUUUUGGUUCUGUUGAUUCUUUGUAUGGUCCUUUUUGCUUCUACUUGGUUGAUUUCAGCUCUGAGUUUGAUUAUUUCCUGCCUUCUACUCCUUCUGGGUGUAUUUGCUUCUUUUUGUUCUAGAGCUUUUAGGUGUGCUGUCAAGCUGCUGAUAUAUGCUCUCUCCUGUUUCUUUCUGCAGGCACUCAGAGCUAUGAGUUUUCCUCUUAGCACAGCUUUCAUUGUGUCCCAUAAGUUUGGAUAUGUUGUACCUUCGUUUUCAUUAAAUUCUAAGAAGUCUUUAAUUUCUUUCUUUAUUUCUUCCUUAACCAGGUUAUCAUUGAGUAGAGCAUUGUUCAACUUCCAUGUAUAUGUGGGCGUUCUUCCCUUAUUGUUAUUGAAGACCAGCUUUAGCCUGUGGUGGUCUGAUAGGAUGCAUGGGAUUAUUUCUAUCUUUCUUUAUCUAUUGAGGCCUGUUUUAUGACCAAUUAUAUGGUCAAUUUUGGAGAAAGUACCAUGAGGUGGUGAGAAGAAGGUAUAUCCUUUUGUUUUAGGAUAGAAUGUUCUAUAAAUAUCUGUUAAGUCCAUUUGGUUCAUGACUUCUCUCAGUCUGUCUAUGUCUCUGUUUAAUUUCUGUUUCCAUGAUCUGUCCAUUGAUGAGAGUAGGGUGUUGAAAUCUCCUACUAUUAUUGUGUGAGGUGCAAUUUGUGCUUUGAGCUUUAGUAAGGUUUCUUUUAUGUAUGUAGGUGCCCUUGUAUUUGGAGCAUAGAUAUUUAGGAUUGAGAGUUCAUCUUGGUGGUUUUUUCCUUUGAUGAAUAUGAAGUGUCCUUCCUUAUCUUUUUUGAUGACUUUUAGUUGAAAGUCGAUUUUAUUUGAUAUUAGAAUGGCUACUCCAGCUUGCUUCUUCAGACCAUUUGCUUGGAAAGUUGUUUUCCAGCCUUUCACUCUGAGGUAGUGUCUGUCUUUGUCUCAGAGGUGUGUUUCCUGUAGGCAGCAGAAUGUAGGGUCCUCGUUGCGUAUCCAGUUUGUUAAUCUAUGUCUUUUUAUUGGAGAGUUGAGUCCAUUGAUGUUGAGAGAUAUUAAGGAAUAGUGAUUGUUGCUUCCUGUUAUAUUCGUAUUUGGAUGUGAGAUUAUGUUGGUGUGCUUUUCUUCUCUUUGUUUUGUUGCUAAGACGAUUAGUUUCUUGCUUUUUCUAGGGUGUAGCUUGCCUCUUUAUGUUGGGCUUUACCAUUUAUUAUCCUUUGUAGGGCUGGAUUUGUAGAAAGAUAUUGUGUAAAUUUGGUUUUGUCAUGGAAUAUCUUGGUUUCUCCAUCUAUGUUAAUUGAGAGUUUUGCUGGAUACAGUAACCUGGGAUGGCAUUUGUGGUCUCUUAGGGUCUGUAUGACAUCUGUCCAGGAUCUUCUGGCUUUCAUAGUCUCUGGUGAGAAGUCUGGUGUGAUUCUGAUAGAUCUGCCUUUAUAUGUUACUUGACCUUUUUCCCUUACUGCUUUUAAUAUUCUUUCUUUGUUUUGUGCAUUUGGUGUUUUGACUGUUAUGUGAUGGGAAGAGUUUCUUUUCUGGUCCAAUCUAUUUGGAGUUCUGUAGGCUUCUUAUAUGUUUAUGGGCACCUCUUCCUUUAGGUUAGGGAAGUUUUCUUCUAUGAUUUUGUCCUUUGAGCUGGGAGUCUUCACUCUCUUCUAUACCUAUUAUCCUUAGGCUUGAUCUUCUCAUUGAGUCCUGGAUUUCCUGUAUGUUUUGGACCAGUAGCUUUUUCCGUUUUACAUUAUCGUUGACCAUUGCGUCGAUGAUUUCUAUGGAAUCUUCUGCUCCUGAGAUUCUCUCUUCUAUCUCUUGUAUUCUGUUGGUGAUGCUUGUAUCUAUGGCUCCUUGUCUCUUCCUUUGGUUUUCUAUAUCCAGGCUUGUCUCCCUUUGUGCUUUCUUUAUUGCUUCUAUUUACAUUUUAAAUUCCUUUACCUGUUUGUGUUUUCCUGAAAUUCUUUCAGGGAUUUUUGUGAUUCUUCUCUGUAGGUUUCUACUUGUUUAUUUAUGUUUUCCUGUGUUUCUCUAAGGGAGUUCUUUACAUCUUUCUUGAAGUCCUCCAUCAUCAUGAUCAAAUGUGAUUUUAAAUCUAGAUCUUGCUUUUCUGGUGUGUUUGGAUAUUCAUUGUUUGCUUUGGUGGGAGAAUUGGGCUCCGAUGAUGCCAUGUAGUCUUGGUUUCUGUUGCUUGGGUUCCUGCGCUUGCCUUUCCCCAUCAGAUUGUCUCUGGUGUUACUUUGUUCUGCUAUUUGUGACAGUGGCUAGACCGUCCUAUAGGCCUGUGUGUCAGGAGUGCUGUAGACCUGUUUUCCUGUUUUCUUUCAGCCAGUUAUGGGAGCAGAGUGUUCUGCUUUUGGGCGUGUAGUCUUUCCUGUCUACUGGUCUUCAGCUGUUCCUGUGGGCCUGUGUCCUGAGUCCACCAGGCAGGUCGCUUGGAGCAGAAAAGUUGGUCUUACCUGUGAUCUCUUGGCUGAAGUUGCUCGUGAGGGACUGCUUUUGAGCUCUCCUUGAGGGCGGCAACCAGGAGGGCCUGCGCUGCCUUUUCCUGGCCUUUUUCGGGGGCCCCUGUGCACCGGGGUCCCAGAUGGCAUUAGGUGUUUUCCUCUGGAGUCAGAAAUGUGGGCAGAGUGUAGUCACUUCUGGCUUCCCAGGCGUGUCUGCCCCUCUGAAGGUUUAGCUCUCCUUCCCGUGGGAUUUGGGUGCAGGGAACUUUUGAUCCAGUCCCUUCAGAUCCGGGUGGUGUCUGGACCGCAGGGGACCUGCCACUUGGGUGCCCCUAUUUUCCUGUUCCCAGAGGCCCUAUACAGUUUCCUCUUGGGCCAGGGAUGUGGGCAGGGGUGGGCAGUAUUGGUGUUCUCUACCGCUCUGCAGUCUCAGGAGUGCCCACCUGUCAGGGCGGUGAGCUCUCUCUCCCAAGGGGUUUGGGAGCAGGGAGCCUGGGCCGGGAUCAGCUCACUUUGUCUUUUUAAAGGAACAGUCUCCCUGAGUGUUGUGAUUUGCCGGUAAUAUGAGUUUGUUUUAUUACAAACUGCUAUGCUGGUGCCUCAGACUCUACAUCCUGAAGCACCUUGUGAAUAGGGAACUUUUUCUUUUUUUUAUUUUUUGAGCUGUGUAUGUAUAAGAAUGUCUUUAUUCCAUGCUCACAGUAUUGUGGCUGAGUGGUGACUUCUGGGUUAGAAAGGCCCCCCCCCCCUGCCAAAAGAUGCCAGAGGUACCUUUCUCACUGCCUUCUGUCUCUACUGUGUCUACUGAUUGGUCACAUUCUGAUUUUUUAACCUUUUACCAAGAAAGUGUUUCUCCCUCCUAGAAAUAAGAACUUCUGUUUCCCUCACUAUUAGGGAAUUUCUUCUCUUUUUUUGAGAUAGUGUCUUACUUUAUAUUAUAGCCCAGGCUAGCCUUAAACUUGGAAUCCUCUUCCUCUGCCUCUCUAGUGAUGGGAUUUCACUUUGUGCCAUGGUGCCUGGCUGCUAUAAGGACUUGUCCUUACAUUAUUCUACUGGUCAUUGUGUAGGUCAUUCUUCCUUUGAACAUCCAAAUUUAUAUGCAAUUGUGAUUUCCUCUGCUGCAUUCUGCGUCCGUAGAGUCUCUCUGGAACUUAGUUGUUUGGAAGUUGACCUUCUACAUCAGUCUGCUUGACUUCCUUUUUCCCUCCUAGUUUCUAUCAUUUCUUUUUGCUCUAUUUUCUGGUUCCUUUAGUAAACUUUGCCCUUUCAAUCUUUCUAAUGAAAGUUUCUUAGUUUUUUUGAGACAGGGUCUCACUGUAUAGUAUAGCCCUGAGUGGCCUGGUACUUGACGUUUAGCCCCAGCCUGGCCUCAAAUCCAUAGUAGUUCUGCCACAGUAUCCCAGGGGCAGGUAAAAUUCUCAGGACAGUCCAGAACUCAGUAUGUAACUCAGGGGCUAAGCUUGAAUUCCAGGACCUCCUGCUCUAGCCUUCCGAGUGCAGGAUGGUGAUCUGCUCUUAGCAGCAGUUCUUUGUUAUGGGUUGGAAGCUGCAGUAUUUUCUUAUGUCAGUUACUAGGUAGUGAUUCACAACUUGAUCCUAUUGACACCCAUUGACCAGUUCAUUUUAAUGGGGUGAGUUUUAUGGGAAAUGAGAUAAUAAACCUCAGUAAAACUAGGGUUAAAAUACCUUUAAGCAUCUCUGUGAAGAAUUAAUCACCCUUUUGAAGUUUUCUUCUUCCUAUAUAAUCUUUCUUUUCUGUGUUUUAUAGUAUGUUUUUCUCCGUUGUGUAGUGAUUCUAGGCUAUCCACUCACCAGAGAAUGAGGGACUAGACCCAAUAUUCAGGAUACAGAGGCAAGAUAUUCACUAUGAAUUUGAGACUAGUUUGAGCUACAUAGCAAGUUUUCAGACUAGUAAUAGUGUGAGACACUGUCUCAAAAUAAAACAAAAACAAUAAUAAAAGAAUAAGGAACUAGAGCUGGGCUGCUAUUCAGGAGGCUGAAGCAGGAUCACAAGUAAAAGGUCUGCUUGUGCAACAGAAUUGGCUCAAGGCCUUUGCCCAGUUUGAUGCUGAGGGAGAUGGGACAGUUGAUGCUGAGAAUAUGUUGGAGGCCCUCAAGAACUCCAGUGGAGCCAAUCUUCAGGGGGAGCUGAGUCAUGUCAUCAGACAACUGCAAGCCUGCUCUCUUGUUCCAGGUUUCAUCGACAUAUUUUCAGAGUCCAAGGAGGGCCUCGGCACUCACUCGUCAAUGAUCCUGCGCUUCCUGCAUCGCAAUCGGGUCUCCAGCAUGGUGAUUCCCUACCCGAUGUUAGACCACUGCAAUAACAUGUGCACCAUGAGAUCGUCCGUUCUGAAGGACUCUCUGGAUCAGCUGCUACAAAAAGAAAAGGAAAGCCCUGGAGAUCUAGCCAGAAGCCCAGAGAUGGAUAAGCUCAAGUCAGUAACAAAGUGCUACGCUUACAUAGAAACAUCCUCCAACCCUGCAGACAUAUACAGGAUGACAAACGGAGAAACGUCAUCCUACUGGCAGUCAGAUGGUAGUGCCCGCUCACACUGGAUACGUUUGAAGAUGAAGCCAGAUGUUGUGCUUAGGCAUCUGUCCAUUGCAGUGGCUGCCACUGACCAGAGCUACAUGCCACAACAGGUGACAGUGGCUGUUGGAAGGAGUGCCAGUGACCUGCAAGAAGUUCGGGACGUGCACAUCCCCAGCAAUGUCACUGGCUACGUGACACUGCUAGAAAAUGCCAACAUCAGUCAGCUCUAUGUCCAAAUAAACAUAAAGCGUUGUCUUAGCGAUGGAUGUGACACUAGGAUUCAUGGUCUGAGGGCUGUUGGCUUUCAGAGAGUAAAGAAAUCUGGAGUCUCAGUCUCUGAUGCUUCUGCAAUAUGGUAUUGGUCUCUGCUGACAUCUUUGGUGACAGCGUCUAUGGAGACAAAUCCUGCCUUUGUCCAGACAGUGCUCCACAAUACUCAGAAAGCAUUGCAGCACAUGCCACCGCUGUCCCUCUCUCCAGGAUCUACGGACUUCUCAACUUUCCUCUCUCCCAAUGUUCUGGAAGAAGUGGACAGCUUCCUAAUAAGGAUAACCAGCUGCUGUUCUACUCCAGAGGUAGAACUGACUCUUCUGGCUUUCGCGCUAGCAAGAGGAAGUAUUGCCAAAGUGAUGAGCUCGCUGUGUGCCAUCUCCGACCACUUGGACACACAGUAUGACGCGUCCUCCCUCAUCUCAUCCAUGGCAUCUGUCAGGCAGAGCCUGCUCCUAAAAUACGGUAAACCCCUCCAGUUGACUCUUCAGGCUUGUGAUGUCAAAGGAAAAGAAGAUAAGUCCGGGCCUGAAAAUCUUCUUGUGGAGCCAUGGACGAGGGACGGUUUUCUUACAGAGACUGGAAAAACCAGAGCAAGUACUAUUUUUUCUGCAGGAACUGAGUCUGCCUUCCAAGUUACACAGAUCAGAAUUAUGGUUCGCCGCGGUGGCAUCGGUGCUCAGUGUGGGCUAGUAUUUGCCUAUAACUCGCCUUCUGAUAAGUUUCAUGCAGAAGAACACUUCAAACGGUUUGAAAAAUAUGACAGAUGGAAGCUCCAGGAGCUGAGGCAGUUUGUAAAAAGCAGGAUUGGUUGCUCACCUGAUGACCUUGGAGAAGAUGAUCCUAUUGGCUGGUUUGAGCUAGAAGAAGAGUGGGAUGAAGCAGAUGUCAAGUUACAACAGUGCAGAGUUGCCAAAUUCUUGAUGGUGAAGUUCCUCUGCACCCGCCAAGAGUCAGCUGAGCGGUUGGGUGUGCAAGGCUUGAGCAUCAGUGGGUACCUCCGGCCUGCAAGGGCAGAAGCGGAACAAAGCAUCCUCUACGCCCACUGCAGGAGGGACACAGAGAAUAUCUAUGGGGCCACCCUGCUUCUUAGGACCCUGCAGUUCAUCCAGCAGCUCGCCCAUGACCUGGUGCAGCAAAAGGAAAGUGGCUUAAAAUAUAAGUCUUUCCUGGAUUUUGCGGGUCUUGAUUUGCAGAUCUUCUGGAAUUUUUACAGUAAAUUAAAGCAAAAUCCAAGGGAAGAAUGCAUCUGUGCACAGACCCUUCUGCUGCAGCUCCUGCAGAGCUGCUUCUCAGUGCUGCAGGGUGACCCACAAGCUGUCUCAGAGGAGGAGAAGCCUGCAGCACAGCGUCCUGAGGGAAUACAGGCUGCCAAGGAGCUCUACACACACCUAUGUGAUGUGGUAGAUAGAGCUGAUGGAGAGUCCAUGCCCAUGGAGAUCCUAAAACAAGAAGUGAGAAACACUCUUCUCAAUGGGGCUGCCAUCUUCUUUCCUGAUCGACAGACCCGGCGAAACCAACUCUUCACCAUGAUGAAGAAUGUCACUGAGCACGAACGCAAGCAGUCUCUGCAACUCACUUUCCGUUCACUCUGCACAUAUUUUAGUGAUAAGGAUCCGGGAGGCCUUCUGCUUUUACCUGAGAAGAGUGACCUGGCCACCAUGAACACCAGUGAAGUCCUGGCAGUCAUGAACACCCUUCUCUCUGUUGCUGCUCGAGAGUGUGAGUUGUUGAUGCUCGGUCGGGCCCAUGGGGAGGUUGGCUCCGUGCUCUUCUCCCUGUUCUGGUCUGUGCAAGGCAGCCUGCUCUCCUGGUGCUUCCUGCAGCUCAAGAGCACAGAUGCUGCAGCCAAAGAGCUCGCCAUGGAUCUUAUUGAAAAAUAUGUGGGACAGUUUCUGGCAAGCAUGAGAGUGAUUUUGGAGUCCCUUUUGUCACAGUAUAGUGGAAAGACCAUAGUAGAAAAAUUAUGUAAUUCGGUGUUUUCCAUGGCAGCUCGUCAACUGGUUAUCUUCCUGCUAGACUUCUGCACUUUAGAUGUUUCCCACUGCACACUGCUAAGAGAGUUCAGCACCCUCACAGAGCUCCUGAAGAAGCUAUGCAGUGACCCUGAAGGAGGCCUGAGCAAGUUGGAUGUGGAGACCUGGCAGCAGGAGCAACCUGUGGUAUUGCAUACCUGGACCAAGGAAUCCACCCACAACUAUGAAAAUAACUGCCAUGAAGUAUCUGUCUUUGUUAGCCCAGGGGCAACUUAUUUUGAGGUGGAAUUUGAUGAGAGGUGUGAAACGGAGAAAAGGUAUGAUUAUUUGGAAUUUACUGACUCUAGAGGUGGGAAGACACGCUAUGACACCAAAGUUGGGACUUAUAAAUGGCCCAAGAAAGUGACCUUUAAGGAUGGCCCUCGGCUGCAGUUCCUCUUUCAUUCUGACAGCAGUAACAAUGAGUGGGGCUACAAGUUCACUGUCACUGCCUAUGGUCUGCCUGAUGUUGCUGUGUCUUGGGGCUUGGACUUGCAACUCCUUGUCUCCCGACUGAUGGGGCGCCUUGCUUCCCAGUGCAUGGCACUCAAGUCAGUGCAUCAGUUAGGCAGUAACCUGGCAAUAUCACAGGCAAAGCUGACUGCGGUCCUGAACUCUCCAUUGUGGAAACCUGUCUUCAGGCAUCAGAUUUGCCCAGAGUUGGAAUUAGAAGCAAGCUGGCCCACUCACCCACACCAGGAUGGGAAGGAGGUCAAGAACAUCCCUGAUGAUCCCUGCCGCCAUUUUCUCCUUGAUUUUGCCCAGUCAGAGCCUGCUCAGAACUUCUGUGGGCCAUAUUCAGAACUUUUCAAAGGAUUCAUACAGGCAUGUAGAAAACAGGCCCCAAAGACAGAUAUAGUUGCUGGUUCCACUAUUGAUCAAGCUGUGAACGCCACCUUUGCCGCUCUGGUGUAUCGCACUCCAGAUUUAUAUGAGAAGCUGCAAAAAUAUGUACACAGCGGCGGCAAGAUAGCCCUGCCUGAGGAGUUCUCCCAGGUAUAUUCCCUGGCAGAUGGAAUUCGAAUAUGGAUGUUAGAGAUGAAGCAGAAGUCCUUGGUGAGCAUGGGGAACGAUUCAGAAGAAAAACGUGGUUUGGAAACUGCAGAGGUGAACCCAGAGAACCUGGCAAAAGAAUGCAUUCAAAAAAGUCUCCUAUUACUGAAAUUUUUGCCCAUGAGCAAAAGUUCAAAAGAAAACUGUGACAAGUUGGUGCCUGUUGAUGAAACUGAUCGUCUCCAACCACUUGAUAGACGCCAGAGGACAAGCUCUGUGGUGGAAGAACAUUUCCAGGGUUCAGCAUCCCCUACAGAAGCAGCCACCCCGGCUGCAGAUGACAAGAGCCCCGGCUUGGAGAUGCAGCCAAAGCUACUGCCCAGCAGUGGCCCCUCUGCUGCAGAAGUGUCCACAGCUGAAGAGCCCUCGUCACCAUCCACACCCACCCGGCGGCCUCCCUUCACCCGAGGGCGACUCCGGCUGCUCUCCUUCAGAUCCAUGGAGGAGACCAGGCCAGUUCCCACAGUCAAGGAGAAAUACCCGGUGCUGAAGGAUGUCAUGGACUUCAUUAAAGACCAGUCACUCUCACAUGAGAGUAUUGUGAAGGUUCUUUCUUUGCGGAAAGCCCAAGCACAGAGCAUCCUUGAAGUCCUGAGGAUAAUUCAGUAUUGCACAGAAUCCCUCGGGCAGCCUCACUGCUUCCACCCGCCGUAUAUACUUUUCCUACUGGAACUUCUGACCUGCCAGAAAGACUUUACAAAUUACUUUGGACACUUGGAAGGCUGUGGUGCUGAUCUACACAAAGAAAUCCGAGACACUUACUACCAACUUGUUCUGUUUUUGGUCAAAGCAAUCAAAGGAUUUAGUAGCAUAAAUGACAGGUCUCUGCUCCCUGCUGUAUCUUGUGUUCAGACAGCCCUGCUUCAUCUUCUGGAUAUGGGCUGGGAGCCCAGUGAUCUUGCCUUCUUUGUUGACAUUCAGUUACCAGAUCUCCUCAUGAACAUGUCUCAGGAAAAUAUCAGCAUCCAUGACAGUGUGAUCAGCCAGUGGAGUGAAGAAGAUGAGCUCGCUGAUGCCAAGCAGAACUCAGAGUGGAUGGAUGAGUGUCAGGAUGGCAUGUUUGAGGCCUGGUAUGAAAAAAUAGCCCAAGAGGAUCCAGAGAAGCAGAGGAAAAUGCACAUGUUUAUUGCUCGCUACUGUGAUCUGUUAAAUGUGGAUAUCUCUUGUGAUGGGUGCGAUGAAAUUGCCCCCUGGCAUCGCUACCGGUGUCUGCAGUGCAGUGACAUGGACCUCUGCAAGACUUGUUUUCUGGGUGGAGUGAAGCCCGAGGGCCAUGGAGAUGAUCAUGAAAUGGUCAACAUGGAGUUUACCUGUGACCACUGUCAGGGUUUGAUCAUAGGCAGGAGAAUGAAUUGCAAUGUAUGUGAUGACUUUGAUCUUUGCUAUGGAUGCUAUGCAGCAAAGAAAUACUCCUAUGGCCAUUUGCCAACUCACAGCAUCACAGCCCACCCAAUGGUGACCAUCCGGAUCAGUGACCGGCAGAGGUUCAUCCAGCCCUAUAUCCACAACUACUCCUGGCUGCUCUUCGCUGCCCUGGCUCUCUAUAGUGCCCACCUGACCAGCACAGAGCACGUAGAUGGGGAGCAGCUGGACCCCCAGGCCCGCGGCAGCGCUGCCACCCUGCGGAGCCAAUGCAUGCAGCUGGUUGGGGACUGUCUGAUGAAGGCCCACCAGGGCAAAGGUCUUAAAGCUCUAGCUCUUCUUGGGGUAUUGCCAGAUGGUGACUCUACCUCAGAAAAUCAAGCCUUGCCAGUCACAGUGUCCAUCCAAGCAUCAGAGGAGCAGCUAGAGAAGAAAACAGCCCAACCUGCUGAGGGGCCGGCAGAUGCAGGCCUGUUUGUUCCCUGCAAUGGAAAGAGAGCCACAGAUAAGGAAGUCGGACCCUUGGAUUGCAAGCAGAAGAAAAAGGCGGGUGAAGAUCUCUCCAUAAUGAAGGACCCUUCAUGCCAGAUCCAAGUUUCAGAUCCACCUGCCAGUGAUCACGUGCCUCCAGGACUUCCAGAUGCCGAGCAUCCAGACAGGUCAUCCCAGGCACCCAUGGAAGAGAAGGCCAUCACUCCAAGCCCCGAGCAAGUGUUUGCAGAGUGUUCCCAGAAGAGGAUUUUGGGAUUGUUGGCAGCCAUGUUACCUCCCAUCAAGUCGGGUCCCACAGUCCCCCUGAUAGACCUGGAGCACGUCCUCCCACUCAUGUUUCAGGUUGUCAUCUCCAACGCAGGCCACCUGAAUGAAACCUACCACCUCACUCUGGGUCUUCUGGGACAGUUAAUUAUCCGUCUUCAGCCAGCAGAAGUAGAUGCUGCAGUCAUGAAAGUCCUUUCAGCCAAGCACAACCUGUUUGCUACAGCAGACAAUGCUGUUGUGCCAGAUGGCUGGAAGACCACCCACCUGCUCUUCAGCCUUGGAGCUGUCUGUCUGGACAGCCGAGUGGGCUUGGACUGGGCCUGCUCCAUGGCAGAGAUCCUGCGGUCACUCAACAAUGCCCCAUUGUGGAGAGAUGUCAUUGCCACCUUCACAGACCACUGCAUCAAGCAGCUGCCAUUCCAACUGAAACACACCAACAUCUUCACCCUGCUGGUGCUUGUCGGCUUCCCCCAGGUCCUCUGCGUGGGAACCCGCUGUGUUUAUAUGGAUAAUGCCAAUGAACCCCAUAAUGUGAUCAUCUUGAAGCACUUCACAGAGAAGAACAGAGCUGUGAUUGUCGACGUCAAAACCAGGAAAAGGAAAACAGUGAAGGACUACCAGCUGGUCCAGAAGGGAGGAGGACAAGAGUGUGGCACCUCUCAGGCCCAGCUGAGCCAGUACUCCCAGCACUUUGCCUUUAUUGCCAGUCACCUUCUGCAAACCAGCAUGGACAGCCAUUGUCCUGAGGCAGUGGAAGCAACCUGGGUCUUGUCCCUGGCUCUCAAAGGUUUAUAUAAAACACUAAAGACUCACGGUUUUGAAGAGACCCAUGCCACCUUCCUCCACACUGAUCUGCUAAAGCUGCUGGUGAAGAAGUGCAGCAAAGGAACUGGCUUCAGCAAGACCUGGCUCCUCCGGGACCUAGAGAUUCUGUCCAUCAUGCUGUAUUCAUCAAAAAAGGAGAUCAACACUCUGACUGAACAUGGAGACUUGGAGCUGGAUGAACGAGGGGACCAAGAAGAAGAACUGGACCGGCCAGUUAGUAGCCCUGGAGAAGCGGAACAGAAGAAGCUAGACCCUCUUGAAAGCUUGGAUGAACCCACCAGAAUAUGCUUCUUGAUGGCUCAUGAUGCCCUCAAUGCCCCUCUGCAUAUUCUCCGGGCCAUAUAUGAACUGCAGAUGAAAAAGACCGAUUCUUUCUUCCUAGAGGUUCAGAAGAGGUUUGAUGGGGAUGAGCUCACCACAGAUGAGAGGAUUCGCUCCUUGGCGCAGAGGUGGCAGCCCAGUAGGAGUCUGAGGCUGGAGGAGCAGAGUGCCAAAGCUGUGGACACAGACAUGAUUAUUUUGCCAUGUUUGUCCCGGCCUGCACGCUCUGACCAAGCCACUUCUGAAUCGAACCCUGUGACCCAGAAACUGAUUUCCAGCACAGAGAGCGAGCUGCAGCAGAGCUACGCCAAGCAGCGCCGGAGCAAGAGUGCUGCCCUCCUGCACAAGGAGCUGAACUGCAAGAGCAAGAGGGCUGUCCGGGACUACCUCUUCCGUGUGAACGAGGCCACAGCAGUCCUAUAUGCUCGCCAUGUGCUCGCCUCCCUGCUGGCUGAGUGGCCAGGGCAUGUGCCAGUGAGUGAGGACAUCCUGGAGCUCAGUGGCCCUGCACAUAUGACCUACAUUUUGGAUAUGUUCAUGCAGCUGGAAGAGAAGCACCAGUGGGAGAAGAUCCUACAGAAAGUACUCCAGGGCUGCCGAGAAAGCAUGCUGGGGACCAUGGCCCUGGCUGCCUGUCAGUUCAUGGAGGAGCCAGGAAUGGAGGUGCAAGUGAGGGAAUCUAAACACCCAUAUAACAACAACACCAGCUUUGAGGAUAAAGUUCACAUUCCUGGCGCAAUCUACCUCUCAAUCAAAUUUGAUCCUCAGUGCAACACAGAGGAAGGCUGUGAUGAACUAGCCAUGUCUAGCAGUAGUGACUUUCAGCAGGACCGACACAACUUCAGCGGGUCACAACAGAAGUGGAAAGAUUUUGAGCUUCCAGGAGAUACUCUGUAUUAUCGAUUUACCUCAGACAUGAGCAACACCGAGUGGGGCUACCGAUUCACUGUGACAGCUGGACACCUGGGGCGGUUCCAGACAGGAUUUGAGAUCUUGAAGCAGAUGUUAUCUGAAGAAAGGGUUGUACCUCACCUCCCACUGGGCAAGAUCUGGGAAUGGUUGGUGGGUGUGGCCUGCCGCCAGACUGGUCAUCAACGACUGAAAGCCAUCCACUUACUGCUGAGAAUUGUGCGAUGCUGCAGCCACAGUGACCUCUGUGACCUUGGGCUGUUGAAGCCCCUGUGGCAGCUCUUUACUCACAUGGAGUAUGGCCUGUUUGAGGAUGUGACACAGCCUGGCAUUCUCCUGCCUCUACACCGAGCUCUCACUGAGCUCUUCUUUGUCACCGAGAACCGUGCACAGGAGCUUGGCUUGCUGCAGGAGUACCUGCUGGCCUUAACCACCGAGGACCACCUUCUCCGAUGUGCGGCACAGGCUCUGCAGAACAUUGCUGCUAUCAGCCUGGCCAUCAACUACCCAAACAAGGCCACCCGCCUCUGGAAUGUUGAGUGUUAGCCUCGGUAUGAUAUGCAUGGACUUGAUAAUUUGUCUACAGGGGUUUAUAGCAGACCUCCAACCUUGCUCAGGAAACCCCUGCGGCCUCUGCACCCAGCUCUCUUUGAGCCUACCCCCUGCUCCCAUCUGGAUGCCAAGCAGCCGCCUGUCAACAAGGCCCACUGUGCAGGCACCACAUGUCCAAGAAGGCACAGCAGUGCAAAGUGGCUCAGAAAGAGGCCUUGGGAAAGUUCCUCAGAGAGCAGAGAGUAGAGACCAGUCUCCUCCAGGGCGUCAUAGCACUGAAGGCUUGGAAGCAGUCUCUGAAAGGAUUCUGUCUCCACUGAGCGGGAGCUGCCUAGUCUUGCCAUCCACCCAGAGCGACCUUUGCAGUAAGACUCGCAGCUUGCAGCAGCAGUGGCCCAGUUGGGAAACCAGCCCACAACCAACAUGAGCACCUCCCAGCCACCUCAAUUCCCAAGCCAUCGUCUCCAUGCCACAGCUCAUGGCCAACUCACAUUGAGAGCGAGUGCCCUUGGGAACUGCUUGUCACCCAUGCAACAGCUCCCAGCACACGCCUGUGUUUCUUCACUUCUUUUAGUAUGUUUUAGUUUCCUCCUCAUGUUUUAGAAGAGAACCACAGACUCCCUGAGAGGUCCCCUAGGGAAUGCCUAGGGACAAGCUGGUAUGUGUGGAAGUGACAGAAAUGGAGGGCUCUCCAGCACCGGCAGUGUCCUCAGAGGAGCCCUUGUUCAGGAGUCAGGACGACCUGACUAUGCUCCAAGGUCAUAGUGGUCAGCACACCUCGGACCUCUCGCCUGGUUAUUUAGCCAUCCCCUGUCUAGCAAUAACUACAUUAGUUCUAGUGAAUGCUUUUGCAUUUUUCCUUGUAUGGCUUUAGCAUUGCCCUGAGAUGCUGAUGAUUUUUCCCCCAGAACCACAGAGUGGGAUGCUGGGUCGGCAUUGGGCUGUGGACUUUCAGGAAGAAACAAUCUUGAGGCACCUGCUGUUAAAGGGAAGGUAUCUGGGCCAGAGGCCAUGUCCCACCUCAGAAGCCUAAUGCAAAAACGGCUUCUAAUAGCCAGGGCCACACUUGGCUGGCUUGCACUGUGGCCAAGCUUGCCCCUUCGGCCUCUGAAGACCCUGCUGGGAGUGAGCAAGGGACUGCAUUGGCGGGACCUGGGCCUGCAGGUAUUGUGCGAAGGUGCUGUGCCUCUGCCACCACUCCCUGCCCAGCCCUAGAAUUAGAUUCAGUGAUGAAGCCCAGCAUACAGGAAGAAUAGCCACAGAAUGGGAGGGGCUGAGUUAUAAAAACACAGAAACAAAUGAAGUGACCUAUGGUCCACCAUCCUGACAUCAGAGGAAACUUGGUUCAAGUCCCAUGGAAUGGGACUUGGUGCCAGCCCAGAGGAACCUCUUUCUUGUCUUUUGCUCUUUGCCAGAGCACCUGUGCUUUGCAAGCUGCCUAAACCCCAGAGAAGGCCCUGUUGCAUGCCAUUCCCUCCAAGUAGGUCUCAGAUGAGAGUCGGGACAAGUCUCAGUGCAUGGUGAAGAGGCCUCACCCACAGUAGCUCAGAUCACACAGCAGUUAGAAGAUGGGGGCGGAGAUGGCACACUCACACCCUUCCACACCUCAGACUGAGUAGAGAAAGCAGAUGGGCAGGGCAGGGCAAGGCUGGGGGCCUCCUUUGGAACAGUGACCCCAACUCUCCUCCCACCCUUCCGUUAGGAAGAACAAUUGUAAAUAAGUGCUGGACUCAUAGUACCUCUCCACUCACUGCUUGCUGUUUUCUCUCCCUGUGCUUCAGUUUGCAUACAACGAGCUUAAGUUUGCCCUUCACACACCACAGCUGCUCUCUGACAGGGUCCCUUUUUACCUGGCCACCCGCAGCCCACUGCCUCUGCUUCUCUAGGCCACUGGGUGGCACUGCUGAGCCAGGCCAGUGUCUCCUGACCCCAGCAGGAGGUCCCAAAGGAUUUCCAUCAAGGCCAAUGUCCCCUUGACUCUUAGGAGGCAAGACUGCCUGGACCAAGACAAAACUGGCAGGCAGAAGGGGUCGUGGAAACAUGUGCCUAAUCUAUAAAGAAUUCUGUUCCAAAUCAUAUAUAUUGUACAGACACUGUUCUAAUGAGAGGAGUGACUUAUUUUCAUCAUCGUUUUUAAUUUGUUUUCUUACGGGUUUACGAUUUUGAAUUUUUCUUAUUUGGUUGAGAGAAAGAAUUUUGAUUAUAUCAGCUGAGUGAGUUCAGCCUGUAAAAAGAAUGUUUUAAGUUGUGGAUAAGAUAUGCAAAUGAAGAGAAAUAUAUUGUAAAAAUUCUAUAUAAAAAAAGUACAACUCUG